GGUUGCAAUCAAUUCCUCUGCGUUCAUCUCCUCUUCACUCUCCAAUUAACAUUCUAAAAAAUGCAGUGUUCAGAUUAAUGAGUUAUUGUAAUAUAUUAUUCCUUAUAUAUACAAUGAACUGCUAAUUUGCAGACAGUUAAAUUCAAGAUGGAUGUUUGUGAUGAAAACACCAAACGGAAAGCUAUGAGAGCUGUCUGGAUGUUUUCAGGAGUUUCUUUGGUAGACAUCGAGGAGUUAGGUAUAGUAAAGGUAAAGGGAAUAUUUGAUAAGAUUGAAAUGAGGAGCAAACUACAAGAGAUAGAUAGUUCUGUUGACAUCAUCAUUCCCGUACCGGAACACGAACACAGUUUUCUUAUCCCCCCUAAAUUAAAGUUUCCGUUUAAAGUUUUUAAUAGGCGCAUCAUACGGGAUGCUAUGGAAGUUAUUUGGGAGUUUCCAGGAGUUACUUCGGUAGAGGUCAACGAAGAUGAUGUUCAACUAGAGGUGAAUGAUGGAGGUUUUGAUCAAAUUGUAAUGGCGGCGAAACUAAGGGACAUAGAUGAAUCUGCUAGCGUUAUCAUCAAGGCUGGACCAGAUGUACAGACACCCAAUAACGUAACCUCAUGAUGGUCGUUCAAAGCCAUCAAGACUGGACCAUAUGCUGAUCAGGUGGCAACAGUGAGAAUGUCUAUUCGGCAACCAAAGCCAAACAAAAGAAUACGCAGCUUUACCAAGUUUUCUAACUUCACUUCUGUUUAUUUGAAUUAUUCAAUAAGUAAACUAGUCUUCUUAUGAUCUGUAGGAAGCAGUUUCCACUUUCUCCCAAUUUCCAGUUUAUUCUAGGAGUUUUGGCUCCACAAUGUACUUUUGCUAUCUAAUCAAAUGAAAACAAACAAAAAUUAGGUAUUCAAA